GAGUACUGAGUAGUGUUCCCUUGGACAAUUCCUUAGAAUGUAAUAACAAAAAAACAAAGAUAAUUUCCGAUCCAAAAUGGCCGAUUCACGGACCAGAUGCACGAUUCUUGGAACCAUGCCUAACCAUAAACACGACUAACCCUCUGAGUUGUUCGCUCGCGCUGGCUGGUGAGUCUCCGAGUUCAUCCGAAUGGGUAAGAACUAGGAAGCAAAAGAUGGAGGAGUUCGAAUUGCUUUAGCGAAGCCAAAAUUCUUCAAGCAUCAAACGUCGUUGGAGAACCUGAAACACGUUGAGGUUAAGCUAAGCAGAUAAAGAAGCGGAGGAGAAUGUCGUUGGCGGGUUUGUUUCGCCAUUCUCUUUUCAAGUUGAAGUACCUCUCUUCUCCCUUCUACCAUUUCUACGUGUCUGCUCUGCCACUCCCUCGCUCUCCCCUUCAUCCUCUUCUUCCGUUCCAUCACUUUUCCUCAACUCUCCCCUUGGGCAGCAAAGCGAGAGGGCUUCAUGGCCUCGGUGGCCCCAUGCUCGCCCGCAUUUCGACCUCUUCGGAUUCUUUGACUUAUGGCUACUCGCCCUCUCAUUACUUGUCUGUUCGAGUUCGCUGCCCGAAAGAUUUCGCUGAUAUGCUUUCCGAAGCGCUUCUAUGCUUUGGUGCAAGUUCUACCAGCAUUGAUGAACCAGAUAGUUGUGAGAGUAUUGACGAGAUCUGCAUCAAUUCCAUAUUUGUAGAAUGUGAAGAUGUGAAUUCAUGUAUUUCAAGUGCUGCUGAUUCCGUUGGGUUGAAGGAGAUGCUUCAUUAUGAAGUCAUAAUGGGUGAAAAAUGCGACUGGAUAAAGAAAUCACAGGAAUCAUUUCAUCCUGUGAAAGUAACGGAGGGUCUUUGGAUUGUUCCAGAGUGGAGAACUCCCCCGGAUAUUCAAGCAACCAACAUUAUUCUUAAUCCAGGAUUGGCAUUUGGAACAGGGGACCACCCAACAACUAAGUUGUGUUUGUUGUUAUUGCAUAGCUUGAUAAAAGGAGGAGAAAUUUUCUUGGACUAUGGCACAGGUUCUGGAAUUCUUGGUAUUGCAGCACUGAAGCUAGGAGCUGCUUUAUCAGUUGGAGUUGAUAUAGAUCCCCAGGCAAUAUCAUCUGCACGCCAGAAUGCAGCUUUGAAUGGCAUAAAACCUAAGAAAAUGCAAUUAUGUCUGGUUCCCAGUGAAACCAACUUUCAUUCCACAAAUGGAGCUGCUGGAGAUGUGUCUCAUGGAGGAGUCAUUGCUGAAACAGAGAAAUAUGACAUUGUCAUUGCAAAUAUACUUUUAAACCCCCUGCUGGAGUUGGCAGAUCAAAUUGCUGGUUUUACCAAGCCUGGAGCUGUUGUUGGCAUAUCUGGUAUCAUCUCUGAGCAGCUUCCACAGAUUGAAUUACGUUAUUCCCAGUUCCUGGAAAGCAUAUCAGUGACCAGAUUGGAUGGUUGGGUAUGUCUUAGUGGCAAAAAGAAAAUGAGUAUAGGUGCAACUGAUGAUGUUAUUUAGGCCCACUUCAGUGGACAAGUACAGAAGACCUUCUGACAUGAGAUUACUCAUUGAAGAACUUGUCAACAACUGCAGAUAACAAUGUUCCGUAUCCUUCUUACUCCCUUCAUGGAUACUGAAGCCCUGUGAGUUGCUGUAGUCGCUUUGUAGGCCCGUAUUACAUCCCAUCACUUAUCUAACAUGAGUGGGGCCCAAGUUUUGACUAUACAGGAAACUCAUUACUGGUGUGUGGGGCGAAUUUCGUUCAAGCAGGACCAGUGUGUAUCCAACAGAAAGAAUUGUUGGAUUGUAUUAGAAAUGUAUCCUAGAUCUGAACAUACCUGAGAUUCUCAGUGCACAGCUUAGGCCGAAGCUGUCAUAUGAACCAGAAGUGCUGUAAUAGCAUUUAUUUCUCAUACUGGAAUAUUAACCUCACAUGAAACUGUUUCUCCAGUAGUAUGAAUUAAUUAUUAAAUGAUUCACUGUGGUUGCAUGUAUAUUACUAAUUCCAGUUUUCAAAGAUGUAGAUCAAUCUGAUGUAAAACUUAGAUAAAUGCUGCUGAACUUGUAGUAAACUGGAAAUUGACUAAUGAGGAACAGCGGUUCCACAGAUAUUCAUGUUUGUCAUA